AUGAGCUUCACAGUACUCCGUCUAAUAUAUCCACUUCCGCUCUCCGAGCCGACUGCGACCCAGCAGCACUUCGGCCCCCCGUCUCAAGGCGACCGGGCUGAUGUCGUGACCGAUACUGGAAUCGUCGAGGGCCGGCCCUCGCUGUCAGCCACACCGCGUCCCGACCCCAGAAAGCUCAAGAUGGCGAGGCCUCCUCUCAGAUCGAGUAUUGCCUGCCUUCGAUGCCGAAAAUCCAAGAUUAAGUGCGACAAUGACGGCGGAACAAGCGCCUGUGAAACUUGCAUCAAGGGCGGUCACAAGUGUCAGUAUCCCGACACCAUCACCUCUCCGGCGAAGCGGUCGGAUUCGGUAGCAGCUCCAAAGCAAGAACGUGAUGGUGGACCGGAGAGAAAGAGGAGGCGAUUGGACGACCUCUCAAGCUGGGUCUCGCAGAGGGCCACCGCCUACGCCGAAGAAGUAUUAUCUUAUCCGUUCUUGAGAGGGGAGCUGUGGGACCAAGUCUUCAACAUUUACAGGCUUCACUUUUCGACCGAAUUACCCUUCCUCCACCUGGCGACCCUGAAAGAGAAGAUAGACUUGAGGCAGAAGGGCAAUUUGAAGUCUGAUCCCGACGUUAACCUAGUGCUCCUCGGCAUUCUUACUUUAACCGCUCGAUUCCAUACCGACCUAGUAAAAUACGUUGCGGCUAUGACUCCUUCAUCUAGUGGUCCACGGUCUCGCCAAGGUUCUACCCGCAUUGACCCCAAUUCCGCCUCGGAAUUUUAUGCUUCCUCGCUUACCACAGCUCUGGGAUCUCUCCCGGAUGCCGUCACCGUCGUUAGCGUUGAGAGGGUUCAGGCUUUCCUCAUGUUAGGUCUGUAUGAGUGGACUCGAAACGGCCCCCAAGGUGGAGUGCGAGCUUGGAUGUAUGUCGGCGUAGCCAUCCGUAUGGCCCAGGCUCUCAGACUCGGUUUUGGGGACACGGUGGCUCAAAACAACAACAGUACCAAGAGCAACAAUAACCCUAACGACCGAGUGCGUUUGAGGAACAAGCGCAUGAACAAACCGGAUGGAUCUACGUCGGAUUGGAUCAUCGAACGAGAGAUUCGGAGGCGUACGAUGUUUAGCUGCUUCAUCCUGGAUAGGCUGUUGGCUGUCGGUGAUGAUCGUGCUUCGAUGAUUAGCUCUUCCGAUCUUCACAUCCAGCUCCCGUGCUCCGAAGUUGCUUUCGAUCUCGCGUCCGAUGUGUACACCGGUUUUCUCAACGAUCCCGAAGACCUUUCGCAGCAAGGAAAACGAAUGUCUGGGGAUGACAGUGUCCUUAGUCGAUUCGUAAAGCUUGUGGAUCUGUGGGGGGAGAUUACUCGUUAUAGCUUCAGUGGUGGGCGUGCGACCGAGGGCGACAGACGCCCGUGGGAUUCGGGGUCGACCUUUAUGCGACUCAGGAAGCGGUUAGAUGCCUUUUAUGGCCACCUCCCGGAUACGUUUACCCUUUCGCCAAAGAACUUUUACAGGCAUGACAACCACCAAGCCACCAGCACGUACGUCUCACUCCAUGUCCUUGGGGCAAUCUGUCAAAUUAUGAUUCAUCGGGAAUACAUUCCUUUCAUACCGAUCCGAUGUAACGGGCCGGUGGGACCGCUGGAUCCUCCCCUAAUUCUCGAUGACAGCCCACCAGGGUUCUGGGAGGAGAGCGCGGAACAUGUCUUCAAAUCGGCGCGGGACAUUGUGGAUCUUGUCGAGUUAUCGGGAGAUAAACUACCACAGUCAUCGCUAGUCCUAUUUUCGAUAUGGACAGCUGCAUUCUGCGGCCUCUACGCCAUUCACUUUCCCCACAUGGACACACAUUACCAUAUGAUCAACGAGGGAGACGUCCAGUCUCAGCACGAUGACAUUUUCGACCCGACGAAACGCAGCGCUACGGGAGUCACCUUUCGCACACUUACGAAGCUAGUGCCGUUCCUCCCGUUGGCGGGAACCUAUCUCCGAAUAUUCAAGGACUGUGAUCGCUACUUUACCCAAGUUACGAGCGACUUUUACAAGUACGGAGGUCGGAACAGUGCACCGGAAAACGUGGGUCGGCAAACCAGCGGAGACGGUGGAAGAGGCGUCCAGGGUGGCGGCGGCCGGGAGUGGAAAACGCACAAGGGGAAAAUCACAAGCAACGGAAAUAUAUUUCCUUCCGAUGACCGGAAUUCCGCCUACGAAGAGUCGGAAGCGUCCCAUGCUCAAUCGCCCGAUCGAGAUACAUCUACAGGCGUCGAAGGAUAUGAGCAAAACAUCUCGCUUGCGCCGACACCCUCUCUAUCCGCUGCCACUCUCGACGAGAGUAACACCUCGCGGGCUACGCGAACCGAACCGUCGGCGUCAUUUACUCCGAUCAACAGCGCCGUGCAGGCUCCACGCGCCCCGGAAACGUCACAGGCCCCCCCGCUGCGGCCCCCGGAGACGCCUCCAGUCGAGACCUCGUACCGAGCUCCGCAAUUAGCACAAGAGGCACUUGAGCAGUAUUACCAGAUGGAUACGUCACCAAUGAUGCGGAGCGCGUUCAUUUCGGCGGAUGGAGAACUGUUCCCACACGAUACGACCAACCCUCUUACGUACAUUGAAGCCCACGAAAACACGCGCUUGAGCUGUGUUUUUGCAGACAUGCCGCCUUUCUCGGGCAGCGGGGAUUUUGUUUGUCCGUUCCCACCUCUUCAACCGGUACGGUGGGAUGUGCAAUGCUUCGAGGAGUAG